AUGGGGCUAUUAGGCAAGAAAAAAUCAACUCCACAGCGAAAGUUGACUAAGGCAGAUCAUGAUGCAGCCAAGAUUCAUACUUCGUCUCUAAAAGCGCCCAUUUUGCAGGCCGUUAACGAAGCCCAGCCAUUUGAACAAGCAGCUCAGACUUUCCAUAACAACGCAACACGUGAAGGAUAUGCUACAAAGGGACUCAGAGAUGUUUUUGGAAAGACGAUCAUAACACCAGAUAUCUCAAAUCCUACUAGGGAGCGAGAUGAACGACCUCUUGAUACUAUCCGUAGCUUCGAGUAUGCUAUCUCAGGAGAUAUAAGGUGGGCUGAGCAGCUUGAAACUGAAAGAUACGGUUUCCGGGUAAGGCCGGAGUUUGUGGAGUAUUCAGCCGGUAAUAACAGACCCGCUUCCCGUGCUGAUGAUCUCGAACAAGGUGUAUACGAUUACCGGACAGUUGCUCCCGGGGUCGGUCAGGGUAACAGCUCUAGACACCAUCAUCAAAAAUCGUUUACUCGUUAUUAG